AUGCAUGCCCAAUCUAAAGAGGAAAAAGAAAAAAAUCGUUUGCGUUUGAGGACCUCAAUUGUCACUGUUCGCUGGCUAGCACUUCAAGGGUGUGCCUUUAGAGGUAGUGAUGAAUCUCUAUCUUCAUCUAAUCGUGGGAAUUUUCUUGAAUUAGUAAAGGCUUUUGCAAAAAUGAGUACAGAAAUUGAUAAAGUUGUACUUGAGAAUGCUCCAAAAAAUGCUCAAUAUAUCGCUCCAGAAAUUCAGAAAGAGAUUUUACAUAUUAUGGCUAAUAGAGUACGAAAGAUGGUUCGUGAAGAAGUUGUAAAUAUUGUUACUUCUUCUACUAAACGCAUUGCUGAGUUACAUACUGCACAGAGAAUUGAAAUCGAGCAUAUGUUGGCAAUUGGAGAACGUAAUUCUGGAAGUGGGGCCAAUCAAAUUGGUAAUUUACAGCGAGCGGGAACUACUCGUUGGAGUUCUCACUAUGACUCAGUAAAAAGCUUGAUAGGUAUGUAUGCUGCAACUUGCAAAAUUUUUGAAGUUCUUAGUGAUCAUUCUCCAAAUGGAAGAGCUAAGGCUCAAAUUGGUCGUUCCCGUCAGCAAACUACAGUUGAGCAUCAUUACCACUUUGAUAUUUUUAAUGCAGCAAUAGAUUUCAUCUUGAUGGAGUUAAAUACUCGAUUUAAUGAGUCAUCAGUGAAACUUCUUUCUCUUAGUACCGCUUUAGAUCCUAAAAAUUCAUUUGAAUCAAUUAACAUUGAUGAUAUUUGCAAGCUUGCAAUGAAGUUUUAUCAUGAAGAUUUCACAAAUCAAGACAUUAUUGCUUUGAAGUAUGAAUUGGUACAUUAUAAACUUGAUGUGAUACAAAACUUGAAGGCUUCUACACUUGUUGAUUUAUGUCAGCAAUUGACUGAGAGUGGACGAUCAAAGAUUUAUGUUAUGUUGACUAGAUUGAUUCAUCUAGUUUUGACGUUAUCUGUUUCUACUGCCACUACUGAGCGAGCCUUUUCAGCAAUGAAGAAUGUGAAGAUAGCACUUCACAAUAAAAUGGAGGAUGAAUUUCUUGAAGAUUGUUUGACAAUUUAUAUUGAACGAGAUUUAACUAAGGAUAUAGAUGUAGAUUCUAUUAUAGAUGAAUUUUAUGUUUCAAAAUCUCGUAGAGCACAACUUUGUUGA